AUGACAGAAUCUGGUAACCUUCCAAAGAUAGCUGGGGUCCAUUUCAAACGCUUCGAGAAGGUUUUGUCAAAUAUCUUGCCUAUUGUAGAACCUGAGUAUGUUUGUCUGCCGCCUGCAUGCAGAAGCGAAAGCGAAGAUUGGCCAUUUCAUGACUAUCUUCCACAUUCCGCGAGAAUUUGGGGUGACCACCCAGGACAACUGAAAGAUCGACGUCGAGCUGCCAGAAAAGAAGGACAGAUUCGAAGUUUGCUCCGCUGCAUCAUGAGGCUUGUUCCGGCAAACACAGAAUGUACUAUAGUCGACUUCGGAGGUGGUAGUGGUCAUCUUGCCUUGCCUUUGGCGUUAUUGCUACCAAACGCAGUAGUAUGCGUCGUCGAUCUAAGGAAACACUCUCUUGAUCUCAUGCAUAACAAAGCCAACCUUGUGGUCGAAGAGGUUCUGCAAAGUCAAGAAUACAGAAGGUUCAUGAGACCGAACGUACACAAAAGUGGCAACACUAUGAAGUGUUGUGGCAAGGAUGGUGUGCUGACCAACCUCUUCGCAUGGCACGGCCCAGUAGAGUCGUUUCAUGAACGCCUUGACCUUGGACUUGCACUACACUUGUGUGGGGAAGCUACUGAUGUCGCUCUUCGACGUGCUGGAGACUCCGGUGCGAUGGGAAUUGUUGUCGCACCGUGCUGUGUGGGGAAACUGUCAACUAGAGCAAUGAAUCCAGAUGUCUAUCAUGCUACAGGUUUCCACCAAGCAACUAGGACUAUUUCAUACCCACAGUCUUCCUUGUUUUGCAGAUUGAUCUCAGAUCAAGAUGAUUGGGACAAGUUAGCCAAAGCUGCAGAUUACAGUAACGAGCUCGAAUUCAAUACAGUUCAGAAUGCUCCUAGGAGAACCGCUAAGGCUCUCGUGGAGACUGAUCGCAGGCUAUUCCUCCAGGAAAGGUACCAAUACAAGACGGCAUUGCUAAAGAUGGAUCCGUUAGAGUCAACCCCGAAAAAUGACAUCAUUGUGGCAUGGAAACCAGCGCUCGCCAAGAUUGAUGAUUCUCUCUUUGGCGAGCGUGAUUCGGAAAGCUCAAGAGACGUCGAAAUGACUAGAACCCAGUUGGCUGAAGGAACUUGCUCCGCUGGGAGCGUCAAUUGGUCAGAGCAAGAAGAGGCAGAAAUCGCGGUUGUGAUUGUUGGGUUUCUACAACAAACCAAAGGCACAGCUAAGGAAUUCAAAUCUUUCAUUUUCCCUACGCAAAUGGGUGGGAGGAAAAGAAAACUAAUUCAUUAUGUUGCUUCGAAAAUGGAUCUUGCACAUUGGUCGGUGGGCGACAAGUCUAUUGACAAGACAGUCGCUAUAGCAAGAAGGCGCCGAAAACGCAGUAGAAGUGAAUGA